AUGUGCGCAUUACUCAGCCUGGCUGUAUACAUUGAGUCCACGGCAAAUGUUUCGAGUUCGGAGUUUCUGUAUACCAAUCCGAAUGAUGGCGACCGCGUUGUGCGACGCUACUUGGCGAAUAUGGUGAAACAUGAUGGAUUCAAGAAGCUGAAGGCAGGUAAUAUUGGAACGCAUAGUCUUCGUAAAGGUGCAGCCACAUACGCGACCCGGAGCGGCAUUUCAAAGGGCUUUGUAAACCGUCGAGGGCGCUGGCGCACUAGAAAAGGUGUUGACGACAUCUACAUCGACAACACUCAGCCGUACCCCGAUGCUAAAACAGCUGCAGUACUAACUGGCCCCGCAGGGCCAUGUUUUUAUACACUUCGACCCGGUAUUGGCGGUGUAACAACCGAAUUUCUUGUUGAUCAGGUCGCACCGACCGUGAAGCAGGUGAUGGGUGAGUCUAUUGCGGCUACGCUGGCAUUACCGUUGCUGUGGGUGGCUUUGGAGUCAUCUGAGGCGUACGAAUACGCUUUACUUCCAAGUAAGCUCCAGCAAAAAAAAUUACGCGCAUUCGCAAAUGUGGGUGGAAAGCACGCUCUCAACCCGGUAGUCCGAGAGGAAUUUUGCGUCACUGGCGACGGAUCCCAGCUGAACCUCGUUGUAAUUGACAGUUGUGGAAAUCCCGACCAACCUAAUAAUUUAGCUGCAAGCCCCUCACAUAACGUGUAUCCUGGUAGCGCUUUAGGCGGUGAAGGUAGUCGCCGCGAGUUUGCAGCACUUUACUCGCAGAUUGGAGCUGGGCGUCGUCAUACAACCGAAGUGCUGAACGAAGUCCUGCGUUUACGGCGGGAGAGCCAACGAGAGCUGCAGAAGAUUCAGGCCAUACUUAAGCGAAUUGCCAUGCAGCCAGCGUUCCGCCGUAACGUUAAUACGCAGGAUAUUGCUGCAACGCCACCUAAUCCGUCGACUCACCAAGCAUCUACGGCUGUACUUUCAAAGCGACCUAAGGAUCUGUUUGAGCUCUGGCACGAAUACCAGAUCGGGUGCGGGGAUCUGAAAGCAGCAAAAGACUUCACGGCAAUCGAGCGUGGUGCGAACAAGUUCGCUUUCUCUAGACGAAAAGUUUUCUGGGAUGUAGUCGCGAGCUUGGUGCGCUCAGGUUUUACCAGCGAUGCAGCGAUAGACAAGGUAUAUUCAGUCUAUGGUAGGCAACUCUCAGUGUCAAGCAUCUUAGUAGCUCUCCGUGCGGAUCGUAAGAACGGUGGACAUCCUAGACUGCGUGUGUAG